GUCGCUCCUGUUCGCGCCCGAUCGCCAUCUUCGCGUUUGCGUCACGUGCGCCUUUCUGUGCAACGCGGGGUGUUACUUCCUUGGCGAAAGCGCGUGUGCCUGCGUGCUCGGAGAUGAAUCGUGCAUUCCUUCUGCGAAGGGACACGUGUGUAUAUUAUUUGAUAUGUAGCGCGGAAUGAUCAUCCCGGAGUCGGCAGGACGCCUUCCCGGAGUGUUUGGAAAGUCGCAGGAGACUGAAAAGUGUCCGGUGGGGAAACAGGUCGAAGAGACAGACAGCCGACAGCAGUCGCUAGCGAGCGAGACUUGGAGCUUGAGGUUCCGAUGGGCCAGAGGACACCGUGUUUGUGUGCGAGAGCAUCUCAACGUGAGGCCCAUCCUGAUUCUUCGGUUUUUGUGCUAGACUCGCCACCUGCCUACUCGAAAGAUGGCGACUGGACGCAAGAUGUCGAUGAGUAGCCUGCUGGGCGACGUGCGGAAGGCGGUUAGCCGCAAGAUGACAAUUCACGACCCGUCGUCCGUGGCGUCGCUGGUCGGCUCCCUCACGCACCUGCGGGUGCUCGAGGAGGACGCCCGUCGAGGCCGCGCCAGCUCCGAGCCUCCCGCAACGGUGCCAGAUAUCCACAGCGACUGCUACUCCGACGAGAAGGAGUUGGAGGAAGACAUUUCGAUAGAACCAGAAAAUGAGGAGGACGACGAGAGCGAUGACGAUGAAUUCUACAUCACCUUCAUGAUGGAUAUGCAGGAGAGAGACAUGAACGGUACGUACGCAGCGGAAGCAGGUGACGCUGCCAGCAUGGUCAGUACAAAGACGUUUUUUACGUUAUUAUUUACUGAGUUAGUAGCAAAUGUGUCGAGUAUUAUUGAAUAGCGUUAUUUCAACGACUGAGGCUGAUGCUGAGAUAGCAAAUUCACAACAUUUGGGUCAGGCACAACUACUGACUUUUAUUUCUCGGAUUAUGCUUGUAAGCAUUAUAAUUUGAAAGCAUUAUAAAAGACAAAUAUUAAGAAAUGCAGAAAAGGAGUCAUACUCCCACCAAGUUUACGUAUUUCCGCUGUG